AUGAUUGGUAGUUGUGGAGAAGCAAGGCUGCAAGACACCGCUGCUGCGCUUGCCAAGGAAAGAGAGCAGAAAGAGAUUGCUGAGAAGAAGUUUCUCGAUGUUCAAGUCCGCAAGCAUUCUGGUGGUCAUGGUGCUUGUUGGCAAUACGAGAUGGACGGUCAUUGGCACCCAUUCUCAGCUGAGGGCAACGAUCAGAUGCAGCAGGCAUACUUGGCAUUCAUUGAUGAUGAGCAUAACUGCCGCUGGGCAAAUGUUGUUGCCGGAGGGGUUCGACGCAUGGUUGAUUUUCGGGACAUGACACAGACGAAUGUGGACACCGGAAAGAGACGAGCGAUUCGAGUCGUCACCGGAGUGCCUUUACAGUGGGAGAGUGCUCCGGCCGCUUUGUUGACACAGCGUGAUGACCUGAGAUCAGUCUAUGUCGAGGUCAACGACGCAUCACUAGCUGAAGUCGUCAACCGCCUUCUGCGGUCGUCAGGACAUGCCUGGGAUGUGUCAACUGAAUGCUGUCAUAUGAAGAAAGCCACUGUGAAAUCAAUUCACCGGAUCGAAAACUACCAACUUUGGCAGCGCUACCAAGCGAGGCUACGUGCCAUGAGGGAAGACCGCGCCAAGUACAAUUUGCAGUCAGAGCCUGCAGCUCUUGAUCUUGAUGGUCGUGAGGGCGUCAUGACUGAGAGCCAGCCGUACUUGGAUUGUGGAGAGCCGUUGGCACGCGACGUGGAUGAGAAGAUACUGCUACAUGGCACGUCAUGGGACAAUGCUGAUUCCAUUGUCAUGCAUGGCUUUGACAACCGGACUUGCAUGCGAGGAAUGUAUGGAGAUGGCACCUACUUUGCAGGUGCUGCAUGCAAGAGCCAUCAAUACUCAUGUGCGUAUCAGUGCAAAUGGAGCUCCACUUGCCUAUGCGUAUGCGAGAGGACACUGAUCAUAGCUCGUGUUGCACUCGGUGAUGCUUACUAUGCAUCCGAAACCCGAUAUGGAGCAAGGAGGCCUCCCAACCGGAUUGGCUCGAAAAGUACGCAUGGUUCGGUUGUGGUCAAUCCUGGACCAGUGAAGGGGCAUAAGCAACCUGUCCAAGUGCAUCAAGAGUUUGUGAUUUUUGAUCGUGAACAGGCGUAUCCUGCCUUUGUCGUGCAAUACUGGCCUUGA